AUGGUUGAUUUUAAACAAAUUUUCGAUUACAUUUUAACUUUAAAUAAAUUUGAUUUCGCUAAAAUUUUGAUUGUGACAGCAGUAUGUCUCGUCGUACCUACUCUUUAUCUGUACAGAAAACGUGCCUCCCGUUUGAAUCGUUCGAGUGUAAUUCCAAAACAAACUAUUAUUAUUCACGAAAGAACUACUACCGUCAUCAAUUAUGAAGCGGAACCUUCUACUGAUAAAAAUGAAAAUAUUGAUAUUUCUUCUUAUGGAGGAUUUAUACCAUAUCUUCGCAAACUUCAUGCAGAUCAAGGUGUUUGUGUCUCAUCAAAGUUACCCUAUCCAAAUACUAUUUCAGUUAUCGAUCCUAUGAUCAUAAAAGCUACUUUACCAGUUGGUGACCGUCCUGUGUAUUUAUUUAAAUUCUUGGAACCUUUUCUCGGGGAAGAUAAUUUACAAGUUUAUAAUGCCGACAGAGCUGCUAGAUUUAGGAAAUUAGUUGCACCUUCUUUAGGAAAUGAAGUUAUUGUUGCAAAGUAUAAAAGUAUUAGAGAUUUUGGAAUCAAAAUGAUUAAAAAAUGGGAAAAACUUGUGAAGGACAAUAAAGAUCAUGUUUUUAAGAUGCAAGAAGAAAACCUUGAAUUUUCUAUGAGAGCUACUCUUAAUGUUGUUCUCAGCAUAGAUACAGAAGAUCUUGAUAUAAGCACCUAUAAGAGGUCUUAUGAUAUCGUAUUAAGUGGUUUAUUUGAUAAACAAUUUGGUAUAUUGGAUUUUCCACGCGAAGAACAAUUCCAACAGUCUCUCGAGGUUUUGAAAGGUUGGUCUUGCAACUUUAUUGAUCAGAGAAGAAAGAAAGCUGCUGGAACAAAUGAAGAGAAAACUGGUGCGAAAGAUUUACUUGAUAUCCUAGUGUCCAAUAAUGAACCCGAAACUGAAAAACCAUAUUCUGAUGAAUCGAUUACAUGCAUCAUUUCCGGCUAUAUAAUGGCCGGAUUUCAUACAACUGGUGUUGCAAUUCCUUAUACUAUUUUGGCCUUAACACAAAAUCCUGAUGUUCAAACAAAACUCCAAGAAGAAAUUGACAAAAUAUUAGAAGGUCGCUUACCUAACCUUGAUGAACUUUCAAAAAUGGAAUAUUUAACUCAAGUUGUUAAGGAAUCUCUAAGAGUUCAUCCGCCAGGAGCUUUCUGUGCCAGAUUACUAAAAUCGGAAACCUUACUUCCAACACUUGUAGAAUCCAAGAGCUUUACGGUACCAGCAGACACAACAAUUAUUUAUCCAAUUCCUUUAUUUCAUGAGAAUCCUGAUUAUUUUCCUGAACCCGAAAAAUUUGAUCCAACACGUUUCUCAUAUAAUAAAAUUAAAGAUUUUACGCCAAAUACCUAUUGUCCUUUUGGUUUCGGAGCAAGAAAAUGUCCUGCAGAACGAAUUUCUAUGGUUGAAAUUAAGAUGAUGAUUUGUUUAAUUAUGCAAAAAUUUAAUGUAGAAUUGGCUAUGAAAUUGGAAGAUGUUGUAAAGGAAGAAAGAUUUGUUGUGAUGGCAAAGAAUGAUAUUAUUGUUAAAUUAGUACCAAGAGAAAGGGUAAAUAUGGAGUAG